CUUACGGAUAGCGUAUUUUCAGUGUACUUGUUUGGACUUUUUGUAAUCGCACCAUAGAGUCGCUGGAUAUGAAAAGCUGGGAUGGAAGAGAACCAGUGCAUGAAUCUGUUGCAAGAUGAGGAUUGCCUGAUUGAAGGCAUUAGUAACCCGGUUCUGGCCGUGGUCGUACUCAGUGUGGCGUUUUUGGCAGGACUGGCGGUUCUGCUGUGUAGGAGUGAGCAGCAGAGGAUUCACCCAGAGAAUCAGGAGCAUGUUCGUGCUGUCAGGCAGCAGCUUCAGUCAGAGCAGUCUCAGGAAGGAUCAGCGGAGCAGAGACAUCAGUUUUAUUCCGACAUGUCGUGUCCGGUGUGUUUGCAGCAGGCUACAUUACCUGUGGAGACUAACUGUGGACACCUAUUCUGCGGCUCUUGUAUCGUUGCCUACUGGAGGUAUGGUACAUGGUUGGGUGCCAUCAGCUGUCCCAUAUGCAGACAGAUGGUGACCCUUCUUUUCCCGCUCUUCCAAGAGGGUGAGCAGCCCAACCAAUCCCAGGAUGGACAGGCAGACCCUGGGCUCAUCUUGCAGGAUGUUAAUGACUACAACCGCAGAUUCUCUGGCCAGCCCCGAUCUCUGAUGGACCGGCUGCGGGACGUCCCCACCCUGCUGCGUCAUGCCUUUCGGGAGAUGUUCACGGUGGGCGGGCUCUUCUGGAUGUUUCGACUGCGUAUCCUCCUCUGCCUGGUCGGGGCACUCACAUACCUGGCCUCGCCGCUGGACUUCCUGCCUGAGGCGCUCUUCGGCCUGCUGGGCUUCCUGGACGACUUCUUUGUCAUCCUGCUCCUCUUCAUCUACAUCGCCAUCAUGUACCGCGAGCUGGUGACCCAGAGACUGAACGGCUGAGACGACUGCACCGACAACACGUUAAGCAUGGUUACCACGGUUACCAAACUCACUGCGAAGGUCAAGUCACACAUCAGGACUCUCAGAGGAGGAGGUCUCUGUUGCUUGCGGUGUGUGUGCGCACGCGUGUGAGAGAGAAAACAUACGGAUGCGUGAUGGAGGGUAGAGCGGAUGAGUGUGGAAUCUUGAGAAUGGCUGCUUCUGAACUCUAUCGAAAACACUUCUUUCACGUUUUUUUUCUGAUCCUCCAUUCUUUUUCUCCAUAGUGUCCCGGCUUUCGACACUACAGAUUCAGAUGAGUUUUCCAUUGUUGUGUACUGUAAGCUGAUUGGUCAGAAGGUUGUUGGGACUGUGGUGGUCAUGUGACACAAUGCUUUAGGUAGAACAUGCAGGGACUCACAGAAAUGUGCAGUUAAGUGAAUUGUGUUAUAUUUAUAGUCCUUCAGGGGUGGCCAGAGAUGUGAAUCAGAGUGUGUGUGAUUCAUGUCUUAACGAGGUGUUGUGGUCCCUGAGACUGCCCAGCAGCCUAAGACUGGAAUGUCAUUUCUCUUAUAUAUACACGUUCUGUUCUGGAAUAGGGAUUUGAGUUUGGCCUUACACUCAGUGUAUCGACUGUCUUAUAGACGUUUCUGAUCUGUUUGUUGCCAUGACAUCCUCUGUGGACCCUUUUCUCUACCUCUCCCCCUCUCUCAUUCGUUCUCUUCCCCUCCACUCCCCUCUCCUCUUUUGUCCUCCGCUCACUCAGUUUCUACUCGUAAGGGGUCAACCUAGCCCGUGACAUGCGUUAAUUUUGCACAUAGCUAAUUCUUAAAUUAUCAUCUGAACUCAUGGCCUUUUCUAUUUGGUUUUUUGUUUGUUUGUUUUUCGUUAUUUUUGUGAGUUUGUUUGGUUUUUGUUUUGAAUGAGUUGUAGCAAUGCAGUGAUGCCAGUGAGAAACACUGAGGGAAACACUGCACUGAAAACACAGGAGUUUAAGCUCUUGGAGUUGAAUGUAAGAGUGUUUGAAUAACUAAUUAAUUUCUUUUAUACAAUUCCCUCAUAGAGAUUCACAGUGUUUUCCAGAAGGUCAAGUUACUGAAACGUGCUCAUUUAUCAAUUAAUUUCAUGUACCAAAACAAAUUCUCUUUAUAAUAGCAAAAAUCUAUUUGAGCCAUGUUCAAGGCAGUGUGAAAACCAUAGAACUGCUGGACCAUAUAUUUGAAUGGCUAUGGAGAUGUGUCUUCAGUAAUAUUUGGAGCUGAAACAGAGGGGAAUUUGUAAUACAGUGGAAUAAUGCAAUAAUAAUGCUCUUUUUGAGUGUCAUG